CACCUUUUGUUAUUUUUUGUUGCACCUUUUUCAAUGUUGUUGGUUGCUCUACUUAAAUGUGUCUUUCCCCCAUAAAACCUUUUCAUUUUCUUUCUUCUCAUACAUUCUCUGUCUUACCCUUUUAUGGUUUUUAGAAACCUAGAAGAAGAAAAGCUGAAGAACACAUAUUUGUCAACAAAUAUGAGAGAAGAUGAUAAAGACCAUGAUUUCUUUUCUCACAAAUUCCCUACAACCUCUCAGGUGGUGGAAGAGUUGAAGGAACUUUGGAGCAUGGCUUUACCAUUAACAGCCAUGAACAUGCUAGUUUUUGUUAGAGCUGUUGUUUCAGUUCUCUUCCUUGGUCGUCUUGGUAGCUUAGAGCUAGCAGGUGGUGCACUGUCCAUAGGUUUCACAAACAUAACAGGGUACUCUGUUCUCGUCGGCCUCGCCUCCGGUCUCGAACCGGUUUGUAGCCAAGCUUUCGGUAGCAAAAAUUGGGAACUUCUUUCCCUUUCACUACAACGGAUGGUUCUCAUACUUCUAAUGGCAAUUGUGCCCAUAAGUCUCCUUUGGCUUAACCUUGAAAAAAUCAUGCUUUUCAUGGGACAAGAUGGUAAAAUCACUGAAAUGGCAGCAAUAUAUUGUUUCUAUUCACUACCUGAUCUUUUAACAAAUACUUUGUUACAACCUUUGAGAGUGUUUUUAAGGUCACAAAAAGUGACAAAACCUAUGAUGUAUUGCUCCCUUAUAGCAGUUCUUUUUCAUGUGCCUUUGAAUUAUUUCUUGGUUAUGGUGAUGCAAUUUGGUGUACCGGGCGUGGCGAUGGCGUCCGUGUUAACGAAUAUGAACAUGGUCGUGUUGAUGGCGGGGUAUGUCGGGUUGUUUAGGAAGAAGGAGAUGAUGUUAAAAUGGCCGGGUUGUGGCGGCGGUGGCGGAGGGAUGAUGGUGGUUAGUGAAGGUUUGGGGGAGUUGAUGAAAUUGGCUGUACCUAGUUGUCUUAUGAUAUGUUUGGAAUGGUGGUGGUAUGAGAUUGUUACUGUUUUGGCUGGUUAUUUGGAGAAUCCUACAUUGGCUGUUGCUGCUACUGGGAUUUUGAUUCAGACAACUAGUAUGAUGUAUACUGUCCCUAUGGCUCUUGCUGCUUGUGUUUCUGCUAGGGUAGGGAAUGAGCUUGGAGCAGGUAAACCCUACAAAGCAAAGCUAGCAGCCAUGGUAGCUUUAGCAUGUGCAUUUGUGAUGGGCUUUAUCAAUGUAACAUGGACAGUGAUCCUCAGAUACGGAUGGGCCGGGCUUUUCACAAACGACGAGCCCGUCAAAGCCUUAGUUGCAUCAGUCAUGCCGAUUAUGGGCCUAUGCGAGCUUGGAAACUGCCCACAAACAACCGGCUGCGGCAUCCUUCGUGGAACGGCCCGGCCCGUCAUAGGGGCCAACAUAAACCUAGGCUCAUUCUACUUUGUCGGUACUCCGGUUGCCGUGGGCUUGGCAUUUUGGUUCAAGAUUGGGUUUAGUGGGCUUUGGUUUGGGCUUUUAUCUGCACAAGUGGCAUGUGCUUUGUCAAUUUUAUAUGUUGUGAUUAUAAAAACUGAUUGGGAAGCUGAGGCAUUGAAGGCAGAGAAACUAACAAUGGUAGAGAUGGUGAUGAACAAAGACAAGAAGAAAAAUGAAGAAUGCAAAGGUUUAUUAGAGAAUGAAAAUGGGAACAAAAUUGACAUGUGCUAAAAAAGACACUAUAACCUAGAAGAGAAUGAUGUCUAUAAUGACAUUUGGAUUUUGUAUGUUGGUAUAAAAGAUUAGAUAUUGUCGUCUAGUAAAUUGGAUUUGGAGAUUUAUGAGUGGUGCUUUCAUGUGAUGGAUGGGGUUGCUUUUGAGGAGGAUAUGUUGUUUUCUUUCAUCUUUCCUUUCCUUUUCAUUUUUUGAAAAAGGGUUUAUGAUUAACAAUGUAUCACUUUCUAUACCAACAAUGGUUACAUAUAUCACAUUAGGUUAUUACAUUC